CAUGUAGUUUGACGUAUCACACAUCAGAAGGCUUUUGGCUAGAAACUUGUGUUUAUUUUCUUUAGCGGAAACCCAGUUAUCCUUGGUUCUAUCGUUAUUCUUGACAGGUACACAGUUGGAUAUAUAAGUGGCUGUGUAAUACCGAAGAAAGUCUAAAACUUGUUACAAAACGGUCCCUUGGACGAUAAAUACACUAGCGUAGGGGCUAGUAACGUUAGUAGUUAGCCAAGUCUGUAGCUAAUUAGCUAGCUAACAACAAGGAAAGAUGGGGUCGAUUCUUAGCCGGAGAAUCGCUGGCGUUGAGGAUAUUGAUAUCCAGGCGAAUUCUGCGUACAGAUUUCCACCGAAAUCGGGGAAUUACUUUGCCAGCCAUUUUUUCAUGGGAGGGGAGAAAUUUGACACUCCACAUCCAGAGGGUUACCUAUUUGGAGAGAACAUGGAUCUGAACUUCCUUGGAAAUAGGCCUGUACAAUUUCCGUACGUGACCCCGGCACCCCAUGAGCCUGUGAAGACCCUGAGAAGUCUGGUCAAUAUCAGAAAGGACUCCCUGCGCUUGGUCAGGUACAAAGAUGACACUGAUGCUCCAGUAGAGGAAGGAGGGAAGCCAAAGGUUCUGUAUGGUGUGGAGUUCACAUUUGAUGCUGAUGCUCGUGUGGCUAUCACCCUGUAUUGCCAAGCUUUUGAGGAAUUCACCAAUGGGAUGGCAAUGUACAACCCAAAGGGCCCAGCCCUGGUUUCUGAGACUGUACACUAUAAGAGGGGUGUGAGCCAACAUUUCUCCCUACCUUCUUUCAAAAUCGAUUUCACCGACUGGAAGGAGGAGGAUCUGAACUUUGACCUGGACCGGGGUGUUUUCCCCAUGGUGAUCCAAGCUGUGGUGGAUGAAGGGGAUGAUUGCUUGGGACAUGCACAUGUGCUGCUGGCAGCUUUUGAGAGACAUGUGGAUGGCAGUUUCUCCGUCAAGCCUCUGAAGCAGAAGCAAAUUGUGGAUCGUGUGAGCUACCUGCUGCAGGAGAUCUAUGGAAUUGAAAACAAAAACAACCAAGAGACCAAGCCAUCGGAGGAUGAGAACAGUGACAACAGCAAUGAGUGUGUUGUUUGUCUGUCAGACCUCCGAGACACCAUCAUUCUGCCCUGCAGACACCUGUGUCUCUGCAACUCCUGUGCUGACACCCUGCGUUACCAGGCCAACAACUGUCCUAUCUGCAGACUGCCCUUCCGAGCCUUGCUGCAGAUCAGAGCUGUGAGGAAGAAGCCUGGGCCACUGUCCCCUGUGUCUUUCAGCCCUGUACUGGCUCAGACCAUGGACCAUGAUGAGCACUCGAGCUCAGACUCGGUUCCCCCAGGCUUUGAGCCCAUCUCUCUGCUGGAGGCCCUGAACGGCCUGCACUCUGUCUCCCCCUCCAUCCCCCCCGCCCCCCUCUACGAUGAUAUUAACUUCUCUGGGAGCCUGGUAGGGGAGGGCCGGCCGCUGGGCUCCCCAGAACACUCCGGGGACGGGGGCCUGCAGAAGGGCAAGGUCAGCAAGUCACCUGACAGCACCCUGAGGUCGCCCUCAUCACCCAUCCAGGAGGAGGAUGAGGAGAAGCUGUCUGAGAUGUCGGACGCCCAGCCUCACACACUGCUCUCCAGCAGCCCUGCUCCCACCGAGGCCACUGCAGCCGAGGAUGUACCGGAGUCCAUCUCCCCAGAUGAUGAGGACAGGCUGCACUCUGGAGGAGAGCGAGAGAUCCUUCAGGACUACAGCAGUGAACACAGCAGCCUGACCAAAACAGAGAGUGACCCGCCAGGGGACCUGUCUCUGCCAGGGUCAUCAGAGAGCCUGAAGAGUCAGAGUACCAACUGCUCCAGCCAGCCCCUCCUGUGUCCCCCCAGCAGCCUUCACAUGGAGGAUGAGCAAUUUGACCCCUAACCUCUGGGCCCAACGGUUCUCCCUCUCUGGCUGAGUCCCAAUUCACUUUCUCACGUGGAUUUCACAAUGGUGGAAACUCCCUCCAGUCAAUAAUUACACCAAUCCAAUGCUUUUAAAUCCAUGACGGGGAGUGUGAAAGUGCACAUUUAGCCUAAAGGAUGAAUAAUUGGGACUUAGCCAUGGUCUCCUCCCAAGCCCAUCCCUCCCCCAUGAUCCAGUCCCCUUGGGCCUUGUAGAAGACCUCUCUCCUACUUUGGUCACCGAUUCAUGCCAUAACUGGCAUUGAUUCAAAAUGUGUUUGUGGUGGUCAUUGCAAGGAUUUACUAAAACCAUACUAUACCUUAAUAGAAAAACAACAAGUCCUUAAUUAGAUUGCUUUGCAUACAUACAUUUAGGAGUGUGUAAUUGUUUGUCCAUUCUGGAUGGGGUUGUGAUGCAGUGGUGGACGUUGCAUGAUUCCAGUGGUUGAGUAUGACUACCAUCAUAUGGUAGUACUAGAAGCACACUCACUUUCAGUUUACUCUAUUCAAAUUAUUGCUUGACACUAAUUGUUUUAGAGAGCAUUAAUACCAUUCAUGUUGUAUUCAUCUACACUAAUAACUUGUUUUAACUGUUAUUUCUUGGUGCUUGUAUGAUAUGAAACGUUUUUGAAAUCAAACUUUGAAACAUUUCAGUGGACAUUUGACAUGAUCUAAACAUGACAUAAUUGAACGGUGUCAUUUUUAAAAAAAAAAAAAAGUUUUUGAGGAUUCAUUCAUUUUACUUUGAAAUGGUGAAUUCCCCUGUCAAAUUGAGGCAUUUCAUUUCAAGUUGUCUUCAACGGUAAAUAUCUGCAUUUGUUUGUUUUUAUACUGAAUUAUGUGAUAUCUUAUAUAUUGUACCUGUACUAGAAAAUUGUGUAGAUUAAUUUGCAAAAUUGUAUAUUUGUGUAUUAUAGAAGAACAUCUGGGGAUUCAAAUAAGGAGAUUAGUAGUUACAGCUACAUGCACAGUAUCUCACAUUUAGCUGAUCGAUUUUUAGUGACAGAGUCCAGCUUUACACCCGAACAGCUGAACACAAAGAUAGAUAGAGCCUGCAACAAGCCAAUACGCGAUGCUGACUGUAUAGCACAAAGUGUGUUAUUUGUAGACGUGGCAUAUUUCUGUAGCUAUAUUGUGGCUUGUCAUCCUGGCAUAGUCGUUGCCUUGCUCAAGUUCUAUGACUUGCAGUGUCUGACCUCCCUGUAGAUGUAGCACCAUACAUAUAGAUCUAUGUGCCUUCAACUAAACAGAUAUGGCUGCUGCUUGUUGCAUUUUUGGUGUUCUUGUGAUGAAACUGUUUCAGGAUAUACAGCUGUAUGAGCACGUAGUCUAGGAGGUUUUUAUUCCCAUUGGCUGAUAUACAGAGCUGUAAAAGUAUGACAUUUCUUUGCAUUCUCAAUGGUUCGUUAAAUAUUUUUAAAGAAACCUAAUUGUUAUUAAAACCAACUGUUCAGCAAUUAGAAUUAUGUUAAGUCCAUAUAUUGAUACAUUUCAUCUAAAAAUGAACUACAUUAUGAGUAGACUUGGUUGUUAUAUGGUCUGUAUUGUAUGAGUUCUAAUUUUUCCCCAGGGGGAAUAAACUAAAUGCUUCUCAACCAUUUUACUUAUGCAACAUCUUGAGACAUUGCAUCUUUAACAUUAGGUUAUCUUUUGCUUGUGAGUUUUGUUGUAGAGGGGUGUAAAACUAUCCAAUCUGUUUUUGAUUAACACUGUUCAUGUCAUGUGUCUUUGAUUAACGAUGUGUCAUGUUAACUUUGAUGAUGCACUUGUGCCUUGUUCCUGUUUCUCACUAUUAUUGACCUGGUAUCCAGGACAACACCACAUUUCGUGAUUCAUAACUCUAUCAAUAUCUGUCUGUCCCUGUGUACAGAUGUAGGAUCUUCAUUUGAUCAAUAUUCUGUUACUGAGAAUUUUCCUUCACAGCAGGAAAUGCACAUUUGUAGUGUAUUCAAGGUUUAAAAAGGCUUCUAAAGUUUGUCAUUUCUACUUUAAAAUAUCAGACUAGAUUUGCACUAAUGAAAAAUGUAUCAACCCCUACAAAAAUGUCCCAUUCACUAUAAUCCACAUAAUUAAAAUUUCCUGUUGCUGCAGGAUUAUUUUCCUGCUGUAGCAAACUGGCUCAAAUUAAGAUCCUACAUGUGUAGCCUAUAGCCGCAUGUGAAUAACAAUUAAAUAAAUGUAAUGUUGAACACU